AUGUCGUCCCAGGCCAAAGCCGGCGACGAUGCCCCCUACGAGCUCAUCUACUGGCCCGGGCUCCCCGGCCGCGGCGAGCUGGUCCGCGUCCUGUUCGAGGAGGCCGGCGUGCCCUACACGGACUCGGCCAAGGGCGCCAGAGACGACGCCGUGUCCGCCGUCUUGGGCUACAUCUCACCCGACAACGAGGGCGACGCCAACAACCCCCCCGUCUUUGCGCCCCCGAUCCUCAAGCACGGCAGCCUCGUGCUCCACCAGUCGUCCAAUAUCCUGCUCUACCUGGCCCCCCGGCUCGGCCUCGCGCCCGCCCCCGGCGACCCUGGCCUCCUGCACCUCAACCAGAUCGUCCUGACCAUCCUCGACGGCCUGGUCAGCGAGGUGCACGAGACGCACCACCCCGUCGCCGUCUCGGCCGUCUACGAGGACCAGAAGCCCGAGGCCAAGCGGCGCAGCAGGGCGUUUCGGGACGAGCGGCUGCCCAAGUAUCUCGGCUACCUGCAGCGGCUUCUCGACGCCAAGACGAGCGGCCAGGGCCCGUGGCUCUACCGGGACCAGCUCACGUAUGCCGACCUCGUGCUCUUCCAGUCCGUCGAUGGCACCCUGUACGCCUUUCCCAAAACCAUGGACAAGCUCAAGCGGUCUGGCAAGUACGCCGGCGUCUUCGAGCUCUACGACGCGGUCAAGCAGCGGCCCAAUAUCAAGGCGUACCUGGCGAGCGACCGGCGCGCUGCCUACUCGGGCGGCAUCUGGCGCUGCUAUCCGGAGCUGGAGGAGGACUAG